UCCCAUAGCUUGUGUUGAUUUCAACGUCUGCAAUCAUUUCAAAGAUAAACCACUUGUUAUGGCCAUAUAUUCACAUACGUUUCUGUUUCUAAAAACAAUUACUUAAGGCUUCCUGUUCAUGCUACAUUAAUGUGUUCUACUGGUUUACCUUCUCUAGGUCCGUUUUCCUUCAGCAAGAAGUUCAGAUCUGUUUAUGUUCCGCUAAUGUAUCAUCGUGGUCUUUCAUUUGCUUUCAGUAUUUAAUAAGUAUAGAAAUCCUAA